AUGAGAACCAUAACACCGUAUCUUUCCUCUUUCCUAUUACGUGUGGUGACAACCUCCCAGUCCCUGCCACUUAAUCUAUCUAGAAUGAGAACCAUAACUUACCGUAUCUUUCCUCUUUCCUAUUACAAUGAGAACCAUUUCCUCUCUUUCCUAUUACGUGUGGUGACAACCUCCCAGUCCCUGCCGCUUAAUCUAUCUAGAAUGAGAACCAUAACUUACCGUAUCUUUCCUCUUUCCUAUUACGUUCCCCUCUUUCUAUCUAGAAUGAGAACCAUAAUCACCGUAUUUUCCUCUUUAUUACGUGUGGUGACAACCUCCCAGUCCCUGCCGCUUAAUCUAUCUAGAAUGAGAACCAUAACUUACAUCAGAUCUUUCCUCUUUCCUAUUACGUAUCUUUCUUUUCCUAUUACGUGUGUGGUGACAACCUCCCAGUCCCUGCCGCUUAAUCUAUCUAGAAUGAGAACCAUAACUUACCGUAUCUUUCCUCUUUCCUAUUACUCCCUGCCGCUUAAUCUAUCUAGAAUGAGAACCUCAGAUUUCCUCUUUCCUAUUACGUGUGGUGACAACUCCUUCCAGUCGCUGCCGCUUAAUCUAUCUAGAAUGAGAACCAUAACUUACCCGUAUUUUCCCUUUUCCUAUUACUCCCUGCCGCUUAAUCUAUCUAGAAUGAGAACCAUAACUUACCGUCUCUUUCCUCUUUUCCUAUUACACUCCUUACACACUCUCUCUCUAUUCCUUUCCCUUUUCUUGCCUCCUUACACUCUCUCUCUAUUCCUUUCCCUUUUCUUGCCUCCUUACACUCUCUCUCUGUUCCUUUCCCUCUUCUUGCCACCUUACACACUCUCUCUGUUCCUUUCCCUCUUCUUGCCUCCUUACACUCUCUCUCUAUUCCUUUCCCUCUUCUUGCCUCCUUCUCUGUUUCCUCUUUUCUCUCUAUUCCUUUCCCUCUUCUUGCCUCCUUACACUCUCACUGUUCCUUUCCCUUUCUUGUCUCCUUACACACUCUCUCUGUUCCUUUCCCUUUUCUUGCCUCCUUACACUCUCUCUGUUCCUUUCCCUUUUCUUGCUUCCUUACACUGUCUCUGUUCCUAUCCCUUUCUUGCCUCCUUACACACUCUCUGUUCCUUUCCCUUUUCUUGCCUCCUUACACUCUCUCUCUGUUCCUUUCCCCUUUUCUUCCUUUCCCCUCCUUACACACUCUCUCUGUUCCUUUCCCUUUUCUUGCCUCCUUACACACACUCUCUAUUCCUUUCCCUUUUCUUGCCUCCUUACACACUCUCUCUGUUCCAUUCCCUUUUCUUGCCUCCUUACACACACUCUCUGUUCCUUUCCCUUUUCUUGCCACCUUACCCCACUCUCUCUCUGUUCCAUUCCCUUUUCUUGCCUCCUUACACACACCUCUGUUCCUUCCCUUUUUCUUGCCACCUUACACUCUCUCUCUGUUCCUUUCCCUUUUUCUUGCCACCUUACACCUCUCUCUCUGUUCCUUUUCCUUUUCUUGCCUCCUUACACUCUCUCUGUUCCAUUCCCUUUUCUUGCCUCCCACACACUCUCUCUGUUCCAUUCCCUUUUCUUGCCUCCUUACACACUCUCUCUGUUCCUUUCCCUUUUCUUGCCACCCACACUCUCUCUGUUCCUUUCCUUUUCUUGCCACCCACACACUCUCUCUCUGUUCCUUUCCCUUUUCUUGCCUCCUUACACACACUCUCUGUUCCUUUCCCUUUUCUUGCCUCCUUACACACUCUCUCUGUUCCUUUCCCUUUUCUUGCCUCCUUACACACUCUCUCUGUUCCUUUCCCUUUUCUUGCCUCCUUACACAUUCUCUGCGUUCCAUUCCCUUUUCUUGCCACCUUACACUCUCUCUCUGUUCCUUUCCCUUUUCUUGCCUCCUUACACACUCUCUCUGUUCCUUUCCCUUUUCUUGCCUCCUUACACACUCUCUCUGUUCCUUUCCCUUUUCUUGCCACCUUACACUCUCUCUGUUCCUUUCCCUUUUCUUGCCUCCUUACACACUCUCUCUGUUCCUUUCCCUUUUCUUGCCACCUUACACACUCUCUCUGUUCCUUUCCCUUUUCUUGCCUCCUUACACACACUCUCUGUUCCUUUCCCUUUUCUUGCCUCCUUACACACUCUCUCUCUGUUCCUUUCCCUUUUCUUGCCUCCUUACACACUCUCUCUGUUCCUUUCCCUUUUCUUGCCUCCUUACACACUCUCUCUGUUCCUUUCCCUUUUCUUGCCUCCUUACACACUCUCUCUGUUCCUUUCCCUUUUCGAGCCUCCUUACACACUCUCUGCAUUCCAUUCCCUUUUCUUGCCUCCUUACACACUCUCUCUGUUCCUUUCCCUUUUCUUGCCACCUUACACACUCUCUCUGUUCCUUUCUCUUUUCUUGCCUCCUUACACUCUCUCUCUAUUCCUUUCCCUUUUCUUGCCUCCUUACACUCUCUCUCUGUUCCUUUCCCUUUUCUUUAUAUCUCUUUUCAGCGCUGA